AGGCUCCUACCUAUAGAGAGAGAUAGAUAGAUAGAUAGAGAGAGAGAGAGAACAAGUCAGGGGGAGGGGGAGUCAGUUCCAGGCUCCUACCUAUAGAGAGAGAUAGAUAGAUAGAUAGAUAGAGAGAGAGAGAAAGUCAGGGGGAGGGGGAGUCAGUUCCAGGCUCCUACCUAGAGAGAGAGAAAGCCUGGAUGAGAAUCUCUGCGGGAAAGGAUCAGGGUGAUGUGGGGAAACCUGGCCCGGAUCUCCGACCCACUGGACUGGAGCAGCAUCCGCCAACAUGUUGAAGCUGAUCGGUCAGUCCCUCGCCGUUUUCCUCCUCAUCUUUCUCCUGGUCGCUAACUUUUUGGUGGCGAAAAGCACUGAGGCAAUGGCGAUGGUUUACAGGAAAAUCUGCAGGCAAUGAAGGUGACCGUCCGGCAGCCGGCACUUCCCGAUAUCAAGGACUGUUUGUCUGCAGCAUGCUGCAUUACUGUAUCGCCCAUCUUGCCUAUCAUUUCAGCAGACAGCUACCUAAACGCAGCAGAGCAAAAUUUGAAAUCCUGGUGGUGAUGCUAGUGACUAUUCUCCUAUUCCCACAGAUAUUUGUGCUGCUCAGACCAAAGUCAUCUCGAUAUUGUGGCCAGCCCCUCCUCAUCAAUUUGACCAGUUUUAUAAUCUUCACUUUUAUUAUGACAGGGUUUACAAUCAUUCUGACCUUGAUGGAUCCGAUCUCUAAUGAGGUGAAAGUGGCUUUCCACGUGUACGGAGUUGGAUCAUUUGCACAGGGAAUCAUAACGACUGCCUUCACUGUUACUGCUCCCCAGUGUGCAAACACAACUCCUGAACUGUACUACCUGAGCCUUGUGCUAUCUGUGCUGAGUGUGCUUGCAACAGUUUUCAUCGUUUUCCUGAUCCCAUUCUGGUUGGCUGAAGUUCUGUACCCAGGAGUGAUUUUAAAUGGGCGAUCACGGGCUGGAAUCUGUCACAAACCGGUUGCUAGCUGCUCCUAUCUGUGGCACGUAUAAUGAAGGCACUCGAGGGGGGAAAACAUACCGGCAUGAAUAAUGUAUUUGGUUGCCAUGCGAUAUUCGUUUCUGGAACAUUCCACAAGCAAGAAUUUGAGCCAUCGCAGUGGAAGCAACUCGAGUCCAGUUCUGUCAGAAGACUAUGAAUGAGUGGAUUAAUUAACAGUAUUUGCUUUGUAGGUUUAAUGUAAUCAACUGCAAUACAGUUGCUAUAUUUGGAAAA